GAGAAAGGGCCGGGCGGCGCGUCUGUCCCCGCGGUCCCGGAAAAACUCGUGCCCGAGACGUCGGCUCAGGCUGCCCGCCUUCAGCUUCUCUGCCCUGCAGUUUUGUGCGCGGGCCCUGUUUCUUGUUCUGUUCUGAUUUUGAACGUCUGCGCCCUGUUUCUUCAGUGUAACACGCCUUACGGGCUCUCCCCGUGGGGACGUGGCCUGAAGGGACCUUGAGGAGGGCUUCAUGGCCUGUGGAGGUGCCUGGUCUGUGCGCACGGGCAGACUGGGAGAGGCCAGCCCACCGGCAGUCACCCGGAGGGGCCCGAGGGCGCUGCGCAGAGGGUGCCCUUUCCUUUGAGGGCCCGGUAGCUAGAUUGUAAGUCGGCUUUGAAAGCAAAAGCGAGAGGAAAGUUCAUUUGUGCCCAGCCGGGCAGGGUCUGUUUUAUUUAGUUUCUGUGGCCGUGCACUACCCUCCGUGAAGCACCCAGCUGGCCGCUUGACUGAGGCCCGCACGGCUGUAUCUGAAUUACCCGCCCCAGGAAGAGGCUCUUCCUCUGCUUCUCUGGUCCUCCCACCCACCUGUGACCAGUGGUAGGUGUGCUGGAAAACGGUGAACAGCAGGCUUCGGUGGGCCGUGGCGCGGAGUGGCACCACCUAGCACGGCGCCGGGGAGAUGCUCACGUGGCAGGCGGUCAGGGCCUUCUCCCGCGACCCUUGCAGAUAGAGCUCUUUCUCCCCGUGGAGGUUCUUUGAAAACGAGCGUGGCUGCAGGGUUUUUCUUAACCUUUCUGUCUGACGACGUCGUGUCAGCGAAGAUCCUAGUGGAGCGGGCAGACAGGAAGGGGACUCCGCAAGGCCCGCGGGUGUCUGAGGGCGCAGAUGAGCAGCAACGGCGCUAAGAGAGCACCCACGACGGCGACCCAGCGCCUGAAGCAGGACUAUCUCCGGAUUAAGAAAGACCCCGUGCCUUACAUCUGUGCCGAGCCCCUCCCUUCCAACAUCCUUGAGUGGCACUAUGUGGUCCGAGGCCCUGAGAUGACUCCCUACGAAGGUGGCUAUUAUCAUGGAAAACUAAUUUUUCCCAGAGAAUUUCCUUUUAAACCUCCUAGUAUUUAUAUGAUAACUCCCAAUGGAAGAUUUAAGUGCAACACAAGGCUGUGUCUUUCCAUCACGGAUUUCCACCCAGACACGUGGAACCCGGCCUGGUCCGUCUCCACCAUUCUGACGGGGCUCCUGAGCUUCAUGGUGGAGAAGGGCCCCACCCUGGGCAGCAUUGAGACUUCGGACUUCACAAAAAGACAACUGGCUGCACAAAGUUUAGUGUUUAAUUUAAAAGACAAAGUGUUUUGUGAAUUGUUUCCUGAAGUCGUGGAGGAAAUUAAGCAAAAACAGAGAGCACAAGACGAACUCAGUAGCAGACCCCAGGCUCUCCCCUUACCAGAUGUGGUUCCAGACGGGGAGACACACCACGGCCAGAACGGGCUUCCGCUCCUCAACGGGCACGCGCCAGGGGCCGGGCCACACCUCGCGGGGCUCCAGCAGGCCAACCGGCACCACGGACUCCUGGGCGGUGCCCUGGCGAACUUGUUUGUUAUAGUUGGGUUUGCGGCCUUCGCCUACACGGUCAAGUACGUGCUGAGAAGCAUAGCGCAGGAGUGAGCCGCCGCCACGGCCAGCAGAGGUGGUCGGAAACGAGGGACACUGGGCCCGAGCUCGACGUGGGCUGGCUGGACGUGCCGCGGAGCACUGGGCGGGCCUGCCUGACUCCUGGGGUUAGCUUUUUAAAAACCUUCGAAAGGAGAACAAAAACCAAAGUGUGUAGUUGGAUUUGGAGACGUGGGACUCCCAGCCCCCAUGCUGCCCUGGCGUCCGUCGGGGGCUGCGAGGUUCCAUGUCCACGAGAGGGCCUCACGCUUUGGUUUUAUAGCUUAUCUCCUGUAUUGUCUUUUGGACCUAUUUUAGUAACCUGUUUUUCAUUUUAUUAGAUUUGGUCACUUAAAAAUAUAAAACUCGAUGCCUAUCCAA